GACGCGGCGAGGGCUGGGGCGCGCCCUCCGCCUGGUGCGCGUCCGGAGUGAGUGCUGCUGAACAAUAGUAAUAAAGGUGAUGAAGCAUCCUGAACCCAGGGCCGUCGGCUCGUGGGAUAGGGCGUUGUGGAAUCGAUACCUCUUAGGGCUCCUGCCCGUGUUGUCGGCGCGGCUGCGGGCGAAUCCCCUUCCUGAGGCUCAAUUUCAUCGACCCUAAAAUGGGAGGAUGGGCGUUCUUAGCAGGCCGGACCUCCCUUCUCAGCUCGUGUGAGGUGCUCAACUCAGAAAAUGGAGUCCAGGCUACUUUGCAAACCUCGAGUCCUGCAGAAGUGUUGUUAUUGUUGAAAAUGGAGUGUGGAGUCACCUGGAGUGGAAAGCUUACGGGUUCUCUAAUGGUCUUGCUUCACCAUGGCUACAAAUGCGGAGGGGCUGGUGCAGCACAGAGUGGGGACCCGGCAGGUGGCUGAGGUACCACGUACACAGACUUCUCGGCCGGAAUCUCCAGGGAUGACCAGCCCCUCCCCGCGCAUCCAGAUAAUCUCCACUGAUUCUGCAGUAGCCUCACCUCAGCGCAUUCAGAUCGUGACUGACCAGCAGACGGGGCAGAAGAUCCAGAUCGUCACCGCGGUGGACGCCUCCGGAUCCCCCAAGCAGCAGUUCAUCCUGACCAGCCCCGAUGGAGCUGGAACUGGGAAGGUGAUCCUGGCUUCCCCAGAGACCUCCAGUGCCAAGCAGCUCAUAUUCACCACCUCGGACAACCUCGUCCCCGGCAGGAUCCAAAUCGUCACGGACUCUGCCUCUGUGGAGCGUUUGCUGGGGAAGACCGACGUCCAGCGGCCCCAGGUGGUAGAGUACUGUGUGGUGUGCGGCGACAAAGCCUCAGGCCGCCACUAUGGGGCUGUCAGCUGCGAAGGCUGCAAAGGUUUCUUCAAAAGGAGCGUGAGGAAAAACCUGACCUACAGCUGCCGGAGCAGCCAAGACUGCGUCAUCAACAAGCACCACCGGAACCGCUGCCAGUUCUGCCGGCUGAAGAAGUGCUUGGAGAUGGGCAUGAAGAUGGAGUCUGUGCAGAGUGAACGGAAACCCUUUGACGUGCAGCGGGAGAAACCAAGCAAUUGUGCUGCGUCCACUGAGAAGAUCUACAUCCGGAAGGACCUGCGGAGUCCUCUGAUCGCCACGCCAACAUUCGUGGCUGAGAAGGAUGGGGCGAGACAAACAGGUCUUCUUGAUCCAGGGAUGCUUGUGAACAUCCAGCAGCCUUUGAUCCGUGAGGACGGAACGGUUCUCCUGGCCACGGACUGCAAGGCUGAAACAAGCCAGGGAGCCCUGGGCACAUUGGCAAAUGUAGUCACUUCCCUCGCCAACCUCAGUGAAUCCCUUAACAAUGGUGACACUUCAGAAAUACAGCCGGAGGACCAGUCUGCAAGUGAGAUUACUCGGGCAUUUGAUACCUUAGCGAAGGCACUUAACACCACCGACAGCGCCUCGCCUCCGAGCCUGGCGGACGGGAUCGAUGGCAGCAGCGGCGGGGGCAUCCACGUCAUCAGCAGAGACCAGUCCACGCCCAUCAUUGAGGUCGAGGGCCCCCUCCUCUCAGACACUCACGUCACGUUUAAGCUCACGAUGCCCAGCCCGAUGCCCGAGUACCUCAACGUGCACUACAUCUGCGAGUCGGCCUCACGCCUGCUCUUCCUCUCCAUGCACUGGGCCAGGUCCAUCCCCGCCUUCCAGGCCCUGGGGCAGGACUGCAACACCAGCCUGGUGCGGGCCUGCUGGAACGAGCUCUUCACCCUCGGCCUGGCCCAGUGCGCCCAGGUCAUGAGUCUCUCCACCAUCCUGGCCGCCAUCGUCAACCACCUGCAGAACAGCAUCCAGGAAGAUAAACUUUCUGGAGACCGGAUAAAGCAAGUCAUGGAGCACAUCUGGAAGCUCCAGGAGUUCUGUAACAGUAUGGCGAGACUGGAUAUAGACGGCUAUGAGUAUGCAUACCUUAAAGCUAUAGUUCUCUUUAGCCCCGAUCAUCCAGGUUUGACCAGCACAAGCCAGAUUGAAAAAUUCCAAGAAAAGGCGCAGAUGGAGUUGCAGGACUAUGUUCAGAAAACCUACUCGGAAGACACCUACCGGUUGGCCCGCAUUCUCGUCCGCCUGCCGGCACUCAGGCUGAUGAGUUCCAGCAUAACGGAAGAGCUGUUUUUUACUGGCCUCAUUGGCAAUGUUUCGAUAGACAGCAUCAUCCCGUACAUCCUCAAGAUGGAGACAGCGGAGUAUAACGGCCAGAUCACCGGAGCCAGCCUAUAGCGCACAGCCUGCCCCGCCGGGGCCGCCCAGACACAGACAGUAGGGUAGUGGUGGUGUGGUAUGUGCAAAUACUCCAGUACGUCAGCUGUUCCCACCUGGCUUCUCCAUAUCUGUUAGUCCCAGACAGUAGCCACUAAAAGACUAGUAGGAAUUCUCUCCUGCCAUAAGAAAUGUUUUAAUGCCUUUUGAUGAAGCAACAGAUUUUUAAACAAUCUUUUAACUCAGUUUGUAUCCAGAAAUUCUCAAAGGGCAAAAAACAGCAAAGUUUUAUAAUGUCAGAGACUAGUAUUAAAACUAAAAGAACCUAAGAGAACGGUAUGUGUGUAUAUAUUAAAAUGUCCUUGGGAUAGCUACUAAUGACCAGGGUAAUAAUACUAGCACUUUCUAAGCACUUCCUAUCAAUGUAUAAUGUUAGCAACUCCUUGCCAAUGUGCAGGGCAGAUGGAAAACUGUGUCUGUCUUUUGCCGAAAUGCUAAUGGUUUCUAUGAAAAUGCAGUAGGGUACGGGAGACAAUCACUUGCUCAGGGAGCGAGGCGUCCUUCCUGACCGCGCGCACGCGCUGCUGCUGCCGGCCGAGCCCCAGGCGUGAAGGAGGUGGCAGGGCGGGGCCCCACGCGUGCUGGUCUGAACGCGAAGCUUCCUCGGCCUGAGCGGAUGCUGACUGGCUUCCCCAGUCUGUGAUGGGCCUCCGCAGGCUCCUCUGUGACUGGUUCUCAGAACUGGAUUCAACCAAUUCCCACGGCAACCAAAAAACAGCGCUGCAUCACCUCCGCCCCCACGGCAGAUGGAGUGGUCUGCCCAGCAAGUGCAAGGUGGGCCUUCUGAACCCUUGUCGGGACCUCCCGCCGCACGUCUUCGGGGGAGGGUGGGAGGGCUGUUGUCUCCGCAGUACACGCCCCACGCCUGGCCAGGCAGCAGCCGCGGUGGAGCCACGCUGCACGGCUCUCAGCGUCUCCAGGCCCAGCACCACCUCAGGCGGUGGGCCUCUUGAUGCUCCUGGUGCGGCACACUGGGGUCCCCCGGGGCUGCGUCCACAGAUGACCCCUGGAGUGUUUUAGACGAUGGAUGAAAAGGCAGGCUGCCUUCUCCUUCAAAACAACCUUUAACCCCAAAGCCAUCUUAGUGACCAUCGUUUUAUUAAAACAGAGCAGUUAUUGGGAAGUUUACUAGAGAAAAGUGCUCACAGAUGCCCCCGGUUGUCAGCAAGCAGCAGGUUUCUACUGGGAAGCACAGCAAGGCUGCCUCAGGUGUCCGCACUGUGUGUGGCCCAGGUUAAGUACAGCGCGGCCAGGUUUGCAGCUCUGAAACCUUUGGAUCAGAUGGUCCCUCCUAGGCCCACGGCAGACGAGCAGCAGGGAGGUGUGACGCCGGGGAGGGAAGCUGGGUGCCGGGCCCCUGCAUGGGCUCGAGGCAGAACCAGAUGGCACCCCAUUACUGUCGGGAGCACUUGAGUCAUUAGUGGGAAUUAAGGGAACAGUGUCUCCAACUUACAGAUAUUCCUGUUUGUGUAUCAUUAUAGUUUACUGUUCACGCUUUGAAGCAAGUCUUAGAGAAAGUGUAGUACCCAUUGUAAAAUGAUGGAAAGGAUUUAAUAUUGCCAGCUUACCAUUUUGGUUUUCUAACUUCAGAGUGACUUAAGUUUCAAAAUUAAGCUAGGACACUGGCCAAGAGAGUGAGCAGGGUGGGUCUGUCAUUUCUGCUUGGGAGGGGUUUUUGCAGAGGCACCUGAAGUGUUUGUGCACAUCUCACGUGGAUGGUGAGGCGCACAUCUGUCCUGAUUCUGGUGUGAGCGCGUCCGAGGGUCCUGUAGCAGCUCCCUGGGAACACGUGUCCUCUUGUGUCAGCUCUUCUAGGUCUGAGCUCUCGGUGAUGGUGAGAAGGUCAACACUGGCCUGCUCUCUGGGGCAUCAUCCUGUCUCUGUGAGGCCUUUACAUUCAGGUGGCCUUAGGUAUCAGGGCAGCCUAGCCAAGACCUGGGCCAAGGUGCUGUUGAGACAGGCUGGGAGGAGAAGGUGGGAGCGGCGGACAGACAGUGAACGCUGGGAUAGGCACAUGCCCCUCGCCCACAGGAUGCCCUGGGAGAAUCGCCGAUUCUAACCAGGUCCUGCGCCGGAGUCCCCAUGCCGCUGAUGGCUGACUCCAGUGGACCAUUCUGGGCUCUGAACACUCCCUCUUUGGUGUCCCAGACUGCCUUGGCCUUACUUUGAAGUGGUCUUUUCCUUAAAACUCGGCUCCACGCUAUCUGAAUUCUCACCGCUCCUAAAUCACUUCAAACCUUUUGACAGCAGGCCCAUCCCUCUCCUGUCAAAUUGAUUAAGAGGAGCCCAAAGUCAAAAAUUAUUUAGAGAGACUGGAAGUAAAUACUUAAGCCUCAACUUUCAUAGGGCUCUUCACCCGUUAAUAUUUUGUGAGACUCUGAUUCAGGGAAGAGAGCACGCCCUCUGCAUCUGAGUGAAGCCAGGAUUGGGGUUCUUGGCGGCCCAUUCACACCUGCCUUCUGGUGGCCCCGCUGCAGAGCAGAGGGGACGAGGGCACCUGAGGGAGGGCGAGGAUGGACGCAUGGUGCUGCUUCCUGGGGACGUGGGCUCUGCUCCAGGGGCAUCUCAGAUAGCGGGGACAGUUACAUGUUGAAAUGUGUGGAGUUCAUUACAUGUAACAUAACAAGAUGACAUAGGGAAAGACCGAAUUACUCAAGCAGGGAUUUUCCAAGGUAUUCCUGGAAAGUAUUUUUAAGGAAGGGUGUGGUUUGGGGGAGAGGGGCCUACAUUAUUUAUUUCCUACCCUCUGCCAGGAGGCUGUGGUCAGGGCCCUUCUGUUGUCCGGGUUUUUGGAUCUGGUCUCUGUGCAGUCACUCUGGGGUGUUGUGUGAUCGCCCGUCCGUCAGUAUUAAACGUGGAUUCUGGUGAGGGUGGUGCUGGCAGAGCCAGAUACUCGCUGGGCUCUUGCAGUAUCUAUGGCUUUAUCCUGGCCCUUCGGGGGAACGCCUAGCAGAGCACUCUUGCUUCCACCCUGCCCUCGGCCUGACAGGCAGCCCUUGGCUGGGGACCCAAAUUCCAGCGCCUGAGGAGAGAUGAGAGCCUAAGAGCAUCCUGCCCAUUUUCCAGGGGAAGUGGCCUUCCGUGCAGUGGGGCUAUAGGUGACAUCUCAGCUCCCCUGAGUCUAGGCCAGGGAAGGUGGCAUCUUCUGAUGUGCACAUCCUUACCCUGGAGGCUGCUGCCCUCCAAACCUGGGAAGGCCCAACAAGGCAGGACAGCCACCCACAUCCUCCAGGGUCCCACUUCCCUUCUCCACUGAUCGGGUGACUCUCUGAAAAUGUCUUAACUUUGAUGUCAGUUUGCAGAGUCAGCCUCUCCUCACAAGAGAGUGGUCUGAGUCUUUUGUACACAGGGUCCUGGGCUUCCUCACCCGUGCCUCCUACUAGCGGGCACUUCUGUGUGUCCAGCCCUGGGGUCCCUUCACUGGCGUUACGCGUGUACAGAUUUAUAGGCUUGUAUGACUGACUGAAUGUACAUGUGUUUAUACCUUCUCUGUAUGUACAGUGUAUAUAGCAUUGUGUACAUAGGUGUAUAUUAUGUAUACAGACACACAGCCACAUAGCCAGACUUCUCUUGCGUCUUACAGAGAAUCUAUGAGAGAGUGGCUGCAGUCAUUGACGUGGGUGUUACCUGGUCCGUCAGCAGGAUGGAUCUGCUGACACUUUCCUUGGGGUGAGCCUGGCUGGGAACGGCCCUGCCCUCCACCAGGGCCAGGAAGCUGGAAGACAUUCGUUUAUCCCAAUGUCCAAAACGAGGUGGGGAUCUUUAACCUAGUUGCUAUACGUCUAUUUAUGGCCUAACUGGGAGGACCUUGGCAGGUAGUGGUAUUGGGCUCCCACGUACUCUCAGUCCAAGACCGAGAACAGACUGCGUGGUGGGCCGUGACUCCCAGUGUGGUGGAAACAGCCCACACAUGCUCCGGGACUCAGCGGACAGUGAGUCUGCCUAUGACCCUCUCUCCACCACAGCUGCAAAACAAGUAUUCCUUAAAAGUCAGCAUGAAUGUUGAGCUAACUCCUAUGGCAUACAAAUUACAGGUCUUUUAUUUCUCUACCUGUAGCAUGUGAAUAAAAUUCACUGCCCUUAUUCCUUUCUAUAAAUUAUGAUUCUGGAAUUUUAAAAUUUCAGAUAAAACUUGCAUUCUGGUACAGAUAUAUACCUUAACACUAUAGAUGCCAAACUGUCCUUGUGCAGGUCUGUUCCGAUGAACUCUCCCCGUUAAUCGAGCUUUAAGCUGAGACACCGCACUCGGGAGCCAGGGCCCAGCAAUAGUUGCUCACGCAGCUUUAGCAGGAGACCUGAAUGGUGGGAAGGUUGAAAACUGGCCUGCUAAAAGAAAUCACUGGAUAAGUACGAAAACUCAGACACCACAGGUUACUUUAAAAAAAAAAAAAUUUGAAGUGUUUGAAAAUAGCUCGUUGAGACCAGAGUCCUCGGUGCCUUUGUGAGACGGGGGGUGUGCAGUCUUCAGCGUCCUGCGGCUUUGAUGUGAGAGCUCCCGCUACUCCAGAGGCCUCGUCCCGCUCCCACGUCCCCACCUGUCGUGACAAUCACACUAUAGAAGGGGGCUCUCCAGGCGAAAUACAAGUGGAAGCUUAGCAGUCUCUAAAUGAAUCUUCAGAAGUUCUCCUCGGGGCUAUUUACCUUAACUAGUCUAGGAAUAAACUCUCAGUUUUAAGAGUAUUUUAGGGGUGAGGAAUGUCUGAGAUAUGCUAGGAAAAAAGGCUCAGCAAUAUUUAUCAAUUGACAGACUGUGAUAAAGCUUAACACUUGGAUAACAUUUGGAAAUAUAUAAAACAUGGCUUUUCUUUAGAAAACUAUGUCAUCAAUUAUUUAACAACCAGAGCACUCACGGACUCCAAUGCUGCUGCCACACACAACUCAAGAGCUCGAGUAUUUUUCUACAGUCUCUCUGUUCUCCCAGUUAUCUUGUGAACCAGUGUUCAACUAGUUUUAUAUCUGAAAGCUGCACAUUUUUCAUAGUACAAACCAUAGUUUUUACCUGUAGUUCAGAGCUCUCUGUUAAAAUGUACCUGCAUUACCAACCCUUUUAAAAGAAGUGUAUUAAAGGAAAAUUUGCGUGUUACUUUCUUGGGACCGUUUCUGUAGCCUCUGCCCUUCACAAUAUAGAAUAUAUUGUUUAUGCCAUCACAUUUUAAUUCCAGGUUUAAAAUCUGUUGAAAGCUGUAGCUUGAAAUCAGCUUUGUUUACGUGAUGGCAUUUAAAAAACAGCAUGUUCUUUUUAAACUGAAUUUUAUAUCUAAUCAAUGUCUUCAGUCUUGAAGAAGAAUUUGCAUUGUUGUGUUUGUAUAUAGAGUAUUGCAGUGCAUGAAUUAGCUUUAUGCAUUUUAUUAAAUGCUGUUUCAAUGUGGCAUUAUUGUUGUGGCUUAAUACUACUACCUAAAUGAGGUUUAUACUAUUAAAAGUGAAUUAAAAACUA